AUGUCGAGGAACGGCUAUUCUUCGUCUGGUCGGGGCAGUCAUGGUGAACGUCUACCACCUGACCUACCACCACCGCAGCAAAAUUUCCCACGGGGUCCUCGGCUCACGCGAUACGAGGAUACCCAACAAGACGAUCUCCCGCGACUGUCAUGUCCAGAUCGAUUUGGUCAGCUCUCGCCAACCAAUCUCACGAGAGUGAACAGUCCGGCCCCGACGACAUCAAAUGUUUCUCCGUUUGACGUGAAGACACUGCGCCUCACAUACGAGCAGGCGACUGAGCUCGUCAGGAGCGAUCAUCAGAUCAAAGAGCUGGUGACCAAGAGCGUGAAGACUCAUGUUGAGAAGCAGACUGCAAGACUGAGAGAGGCAAUCGUGGCUAAAGACUCAGAGAUUGCGGCCAAAGAGUUGGAGAACGCGACGCUACGAGAUGAUUGGGCCAAUAGUGUAAGUUUGAAUGUCGAGAAGCAGACUCAGCACCUUCGGGACGCUGCCACGGCCAAGGACGCCGAGAGCAUAGACGAAGCGCGAAAGCUUCAAGAUACCAUUGCCUCUAGGGAAGAGGAGAUUGCGAGUCUCCGGGACCAGCUUUACUCAAUGGGAACAGAGACAACACAAUGUCGUACAGCAAUCUCGGAUGCGAUACAACCAGGAGAUCUGACCACUCAUGGUUUAUUGUACGAGGGCGCCGACUUCACGGCGUGGGCAGCGCAUAUGACAACCAUUCUCCGUGCACGCCACGGGUCAAUCCCCGCCGAGCUUGUUAUCUCGAAGUUGCACCUGACGAGGGAGCAAGUAUGGGACCUCAUUGAGCAUGAUGAGCAAACACGUCUUUGAGUGUGUGAAAAAGGAAGUGGCGGGGCAUGGAAACGAGUGGGCCGCCGCAAUGGC